AUGGCAGCACCCGGAAGCCUACAACUCAAGCCGACGCUGGCCGGUCUUCCGCCGCCUCCGUCCUCGAACCUCAGGGAGCGGGUGCAGACGCUUUUAGCUGAUCCGAGUUCGAAGAUACCGAUUCUCGUCGCUCUGGACGACGACCCAACGGGCACACAGACAUGCCAUGACAUUCCAGUCCUCACCGUAUGGGACACGGAGACACUGGUAUCCGAAUUCCGCGCUACGAAACCUGGCGGCGGCUUCUUUAUCCUCACCAACUCGCGGGCGUUCCACCCGGGACCGGCACGGGCCCUCAUCAGAGAGAUAUGUGCAAACUUGAAGGCCGCAUCUGCCGAGACGGACACGCCCUUCGAAGUUGUCCUCCGAGGCGAUUCCACUUUACGGGGACAUUUCCCACUCGAGGCUGAAGCUGCAGAAGAAGUCCUCGGUGUCGCUGACGCGUGGCUACUGUGUCCGUUCUUUUUGCAGGGCGGACGCUAUACCUUGGAAGAUGUGCAUUACGUUGCUGAGGGAGACGUCUUAGUCCCCGCCGCCCAGACCCCGUUUGCAAAGGAUGCGACGUUUGGCUAUAAGAGCUCGAAUUUGAGGGAGUAUGUGGUGGAGAAGAGUAAAGGUCAGAUACCCGCUGAGAAAGUCACCAGUCUAAGCCUGGAAAUUAUCAGAAUGGGUGGCACGGAAAAGGUUCUUGACCAAUUGAAGGCCGUUGAGAAGGGAACUGUGGUCGUGGUCAACGCAGCGGCGGAGGAAGAUGUCGACGUGGUUAUCCUUGCAUUGCUUAGGGCUGCGAGUGAAGGAAAGCGAUACUUAUUCCGAACAGGUGCCGCAUUUGUGUCUGCUCGAUUAGGCAUUGCCCCUAUCCCACCAAUAUCAGCCAAGCAAUUGCGUAUGUCGGGUGCUGUCGGUGGCCUGGUCAUCGCUGGUUCCUACGUGCCAAAAACAACGGCGCAACUUGAAGUUUUGCGAACCAAAAGCGGCAAUGACCUCACUGAUAUCGUAAUCGACGUGCGUCGGCUUCUCCAGUCCGAGGAUGCCGCGAAGGGAGAAAUCGCCAAGGCUACCGAAAUAGCGGAAAGAGAGAUUGGGCGUGGCCAAGAUGUAUUGAUAAUGACGAGCCGGGAAUUGAUUACUGGCGAAGAUGAGGCGAAGAGUCUGGACAUUGGCGCAACAGUUGCUAAGACACUGGUUUCAUUUUUGGUCGACCUGAAGACCAAACCACGCUAUGUAAUUGCAAAAGGCGGCAUCACAUCGUCAGACAUGGCUACUAAGGGCCUAAGGAUGAAGCGCGCCAUGAUUGUCGGACAGGCUGCGCCCGGGGUACCUCUUUGGAGAUGCGACGAGCCAUCCGCAAAAUGGCCUGGCCUACCAUACGUGGUUUUCCCAGGAAAUGUCGGCUCCAACGAGACGCUGUAUGAUGUUGUCGAUGGCUGGAGAGUACAGUCAUAG